ACUAUGCUUUGUGUACUCCGCUACAAUGAGUGACGUUUGGAGAUACAGUAGCAGGCUGCCAGGACUGCCCAUUUUUGUAGGGAAAGUCACGUUACUGUGUCUGAAGCCGUUGGUUUCGAACCGCCUGGCUCUGUAUCUCUAGCUAUUUCCUUGAGAUAUCAAUUUUGCAAUAUUUGUAAAUGGAUAACAUGGUUUAGCUUGAACACGAGGAUUACAGCGGAAACCAUCUAUCAAAAGAUUUCAGACAAAGGCACUGGCUGUUUUUGGCUUCAACACUGCUGACCCUGACCUGUCUUGGUUCCUAGAUUGCAGAGUUCCUCCUAUGGAUGGUGGAGCAAUGAGCUUCUGAAAGACACUUGAUCACAUGUGAAGGAGCACGAGAGGAGUCUGCAGGCACAGUCAUGCCCCCGACAACAUGUCAGGACUCUGGGGUUGAGGCCUGUACUUCAGUGUACGUCAAACAGAGAGACAAAGACCUCACACCAGCUCCUAUCCUGCGCUGACCCCAUGGUUUAACCACCAGGAUUAAAAAUGAGCAUUAGCAGUGAUGAGGUCAACUUCCUGGUGUACAGAUACCUGCAAGAGUCGGGCUUCUCCCACUCGGCUUUCACCUUUGGCAUAGAGAGCCACAUCAGCCAGUCCAAUAUCAACGGAGCCCUGGUUCCCCCUGCUGCCCUCAUCUCCAUCAUCCAGAAGGGCCUGCAGUACGUGGAGGCAGAGGUCAGCAUCAACGAGGAUGGCACUCUUUUUGACGGGCGGCCCAUCGAGUCGCUGUCCCUGAUCGACGCGGUUAUGCCCGACGUGGUGCAGACGCGGCAGCAGGCCUACAGGGAAAAGCUGGCCCAGCAGCAGCAGGUGGGCAGCACCAGCGGCACCCAGGGCCUCCAGCCUGGUGGUGCCAAGAAUGGAGAGGGAGGCACCGCUGCCAACGGCGAGGAGAACGGCGCCCAUGGCUUAACCAACCACCAUGCAGAGAUGAUGGAGGUGGACCGGGAUGUGGAGAUCCCCCAAAACAAGGCCAUGGUGCUGAGGGGCCACGAGUCAGAGGUGUUCAUCUGUGCCUGGAACCCCGUCAACGACCUGCUGGCCUCUGGGUCUGGGGACUCGACGGCGCGGAUCUGGAACCUGAGUGAGAACGGCACGGGCAGCUCCACGCAGCUGGUGCUGAGACACUGUAUACGGGAGGGAGGCCAGGACGUACCCAGCAACAAAGACGUCACCUCACUGGACUGGAAUAGUGAGGGUACGCUGCUAGCCACAGGCUCAUACGACGGCUUUGCCAGAAUAUGGACUAAAGACGGUAACCUCGCCAGUACCUUGGGCCAGCAUAAAGGUCCUAUAUUUGCCCUUAAAUGGAAUAAGAAAGGAAACUUCAUCCUCAGUGCAGGAGUAGAUAAGACCACCAUCAUUUGGGACGCUCACACAGGCGAGGCGAAGCAGCAGUUUCCCUUCCACUCAGCGCCGGCCCUGGACGUGGACUGGCAGAGCAACAACACGUUUGCCUCCUGCAGCACGGACAUGUGCAUACACGUGUGUAAGCUGGGCCAGGACCGGCCUGUCAAGACUUUCCAGGGACACACGAAUGAAGUGAACGCAAUCAAGUGGGAUCCCACGGGGAGUCUGCUGGCCUCCUGCUCUGACGACAUGACACUCAAGAUCUGGAGUAUGAAGCAGGACUCGUGUGUCCACGACCUGCAGGCCCACAGUAAGGAGAUCUACACCAUCAAGUGGAGCCCCACGGGGCCCGGGACCAACAACCCCAAUGCCAACCUGAUGCUGGCCAGCGCGUCGUUUGACUCGACGGUGCGUCUGUGGGACGUGGAGCGAGGCGUGUGCAUCCACACGCUCACCCGCCACCAGGAGCCUGUCUACAGUGUGGCCUUCAGCCCCGACGGGCGCCACCUGGCCAGCGGCUCCUUCGACAAGUGUGUCCACAUCUGGAACACACAGACGGGUGCUUUAGUCCACAGCUAUAGGGGAACGGGGGGCAUCUUCGAGGUGUGCUGGAACGCCACGGGCGACAAGGUGGGAGCCAGUGCGUCAGACGGAUCGGUUUGUGUAUUAGACCUGAGGAAAUGACGCUCGUUUGGGGAGCCAUGGACCGACUACGAAUGUGUACAUAGCCAAAAUGACUGUCCCUGCCUGUCGUCUACACUGCUGUAGUCCCAUCAGAAGCCAUGGCCUGCCAUCACAACCACCACCACAGACGGAGCGCCCAACACCCACAUAAACACUUAAACUACACCUCCAGAGAAGGGGUCAAACUAACCUCCCGUGAAGGGGGUCUCCCCUCCCCCCCAGUCAGACUCAGACCCACAGGAGAGAGAUUACUUUUACGUUCAGAGAAUGAAAACAUCCCAAAGGGACCCAUUCAUACAUACCAAAAGAUCUGCUAUUUACUUUGUUUCUUUUUAUCCUUUAUACCAGAAAUUAGAAAUGGCUUUUUCCCCUCACGUCGUUGGUGUGUGCAUAUUGUACAUGUCAGCAUGUUUUGUUGUCUUUUUGCCGUAGGUUUGUGUUACAUGUCGGGGAAAGAGUGGAGAGGUCAGUAGGAUUUUUGUUUCUUUUACAAUUUGGGUUUGAAACUGUUUAUUGGGAGAAAUCCAUUCACUUUGGCAUUGUACUUUUUUUUUCAUGGCUCAAGAAAACAUUGAACAAAUCUAUAUUUCAUAAGUUGAAAUGGGUUAAUUUGUUUUCAAUUGAAAUUUUGAUGCUUGUUUUUCAGUUUGCCCCCCAAAACUUUUUUUAUAUAUAUUUGUCAGAGAGCAGUUAGGGCUUUCCUCCCCACUACGUCUCAUUUUGCUUGACUACCUUGGGGAAAUGGUUUCAGGUGUGUAAAACUGUUAGAUCUCUGGACUAAAGAUCAUCACUGUUAGCUACUACAUAACCCCAUCCUUUCAUCCUUUCACAUAACCCCAUCCUUUCAUAUUCUAAGGACAUGUUACUUUAGGUUUCAGUGUUAUGUAGAAGGAAAGGCUGAUCGUCCAUCUGUGCCUCCGUGGCUCUUUUAGCCAGAACAUAGGAAUGCCAGUGCUUUGGGUAGCUCAUGAAUGAAUAGGACGCAGGACGAGCCCCAUACAAACGCCGAUGUCAAAGUUAGCCGGGAGUCUUCAUACCCGAAAUUGGUGAAACAUGAGAUUUUGUCAACGUUCCAAGACUACUUUUGAGUUGUAACUUCUGACCAACUUUGAUUUUGGAGUGAACCAUUGUUUCAAGUGUUCUGUUUGAGGAUGCACUGCUGUGUCUGCUCUUAGGUCAUUGUGGAUGAUUGAUUUUCUUCCCAGCACCAACACUUGGAGACAGGCUGUGUCAAGGCCUAUGCAUGGAUAGAUGGUGCUUGUUUUUUUUGUGGUGUUCAGAAGGUGAUGUUUUCUAGGCAGGGAGAUGAGAAGCGGACUUUGGAACAUAUGACUUGACGUAACAUUCUAACUGCAUAUAUAUAUGUGUGUGUGUACGUACAUAUGUAUAUAUAUGUAUGUAUAUAUGUAUAUGUAUAU